AUGGCAAAUAAGCAACAAAAAGGUCACAUAUCUCCAUUUCAACUUACUCCCAAAUUUCAACAGAAUUUAUCACUAAACAAUAGUAUUUUCAAUAAUGGCAAUUAUGAUUAUGAUGAUAAUGAAUAUGGCAAUAACGCUUUCAAUGAUAAUGACUACGAUUAUGAAGACAAUGAUUGUAGCAAUAACGCUUUUAAUGGUUAUGAUUAUGAUUAUGAUGAUAAUGAUUUACAUGAUAGCGAUGAUCAUGAUGAUGUGAUGAUGAUGUUGAUGAUGAUGAUGAUAACAAGAAAGCAUUGUUUAUGGCUAAUCUUCAUUUAUGAUAAUGAUAUAUGA